AUGAAAAAAAAGUUAUCGGUAAUCGUGUGCUUGUCGUCUUUACCGUUUCUAUUUACCUUAAACGGUGACUUUGUGUUUGAUGAUUCGGAGGCUAUAGUUAAAAACAAGGACAUAACUUCUGAGUAUUGGACAGACGUGUUUAAUAAUGAUUUUUGGGGUGCCAAUGUAAAAUCUAAUCUCAGCCACAAAUCUUACAGACCUCUUACAAUACUUUCCUUCAGGCUUAACUAUUUACUAAAUAAAAGCAGUUUGUCUGCAUUACACUUCAAAAUUACAAACUUAGUAUGCCAUGUAAUUUGCUGCAUAUUACUUUGGAAGGUAUUUGAACAUAUGGUUAAUGGUAAGAAGUCUAAUAAAGGCUGUAAAAUGAGUGAGAAAUGUACUUCUCAAAAUGGGUUCAGCCAAAAGUGGUGGAUGGAUGUGCCCUAUCUGUCAACAUUAUUGUUUGCUGUACAUCCAGUACAUGUGGAAGCAGUGUGUGGUAUAGUUGGCAGGGCAGAUCUUCUUGCUUCUAUGACAUUUUUUUUAGCAUUUUUAUCCUAUAAUAAAGCAACAUCUAGUCUACAUUGGAGAUACAUUUAUUUAAUAUGUACAGUUACUUUAUCUGCUAUCUCCAUGCUUUGUAAGGAAAAUGGAAUAACAGUUUUGGGAUUAUGUGUAGUGUAUGAGAUAGUUGUAAAUUUAAAACCUAAAGGAAGAGAUUUAACAAAAUCCAAAGGCUUUAAUUAUGUGCAAGUCCGUGUAGAUGCCGACUCAAUAUUUAGAAUAAUUUUUAUUACGUUAUCUGCAAUGAGUCUUCUGUAUUUAAGAUGGAUUGUUAUGGGAGGAAUUAAACCAGAAUUUAAGCCAACAGAUAAUCCAACUGCAUUUGCUGAAAAUUCUUUUACGAAGGUAGCAACAUACAGUUAUAUAUACUUUCUAAAUGUUUUGCUAUUUAUUUGGCCUAAAUGGCUCUGUUAUGACUGGUCAAUGGGAUGCGUACAAUUAAUUAAAAAAAUCGCUGAUGUCAGAAUGCUUCCAGUUGUCUUGAUGUAUAUAUAUGGAAUAUUAUUAUUAAAGGCAAUUUUUUAUAGUAGAAACCGAAAAUCCAAUAGGACAAUAAUACUGGCAGUAUCAUUAGGAGUCAUACCUUUUCUUCCUGCAUCCAACAUAUUAUAUCCAGUGGGUUUUGUAAUAGCCGAGAGAAUAUUGUACAUAUCAUCAGCCGGAUACUGUUUGUUAAUAGUCAUGGGGUUCAGUAAGUUGUUGCAUCGAAGAUCAUUGUUUACUUGUAAGAUUGGAGUUUUUAUGUUCCUAUUACUGUUACUAGUAUACGCUGUACGGAGUUGGUCAAGGUCAAUAGCUUGGCAAAAUGAAUAUAACCUAUUCGUGAGUGCAUUAGCUGUGUGCCCAUUGAAUGCUAAGGUACACUAUAAUGUCGCUAAAGCUGCCGAUGCUAACCAUGAAACAAGUUUUGCACUGGCAGAAUAUAAAGAAGCUAUUCGAUUAUUUCCGGAAUACUACCAGGCCAUGAACAACUUGGCAAAUAUUCUUAAAAAUCAAAAACAAUUCGCUGAAGCUGAAUACUAUCUUCGAGCUGCUGUUAAACACAAAAAAGAUUUUCCGGCAGCUUGGAUGAAUUUGGGAAUAGUUCUCGCCCAUACUAGACGAUUUGACCAGUCUGAGUCAGCUUAUAGAACAGCGUUAAACUAUCGAAGAAAAUAUCCAGACUGCUAUUAUAAUUUAGGUAACCUGUACCUUGAAUUAAAUAAAACCGAAGAAGCUAUAAACAGUUGGUCUCAAGCUAUUCAUCAGAAUCCAAAACAUGUGUUAGCAUGGACCAAUUUAAUGGCUUUAAUGGACAAUACAGGUCAAAUCGAAAGAGCAUUGAAAAUCAUACCAACAGUGCUAACAGAACUGCCAGAUGCCCCAUCAAUCAACUUCGCCAUUGCCAACAUGUAUGGCAAAUUGAACCGGUAUGGUGAGGCAGAAACACACUUCAAGAAAGCUAUCAAGUUACUGAAUAUAGAAGUACAAGCGAUACAUUAUGCUAACCUAGGAGUACUUUACCACCGCUGGAAGAAAUACAGCUUAGCCAAGGAAAUGUAUAUUAAUGCGUUAAAAAUUGACCCGACUUUCCAAACAGCACGGAAAAAUCUUGAUAGUUUACAAAGAAGCAAUAAAUAG